UUCCCCGCCCACUUCGCCGGAAGCAGAGCGGCGCCCACGCCGCAGGCCCCGGGCUGGCCUAGACUUCUGGAACAAGGCCCGGGAAGUGCGGGCGGAUCCGCGGCUCGGGGCUCAGCGGGACGCGCCCGCCUCAGCCGUUGAGGGCGGAAGUAACGGCCGGCGGAGCCCCGACCCCGACAGCCGGGACGCGGCCGAGAAGCGGGAAACUCCGGGCGCGAGGCCGCUAGGCCCCGGCGGCGCGGCGGCGGCGGCGGGAGGCGGACCUUGCGUUCCUUGGGCAGCUGAUUGGUCGGCUCCCGACGGUGGCGGCAGCGGCGGCGCGUAACUCGCCUCAGGUUCCGGAAUGAUGGAGGAGCUCAGUCAAGCCCUGGCCGGCAGCUUCUCUGUAUCUCAGGAUCUCAACAGUACAGCUGCCCCACACCCCCGCCUAUCCCAGUACAAGUCCAAGUACAGUUCCCUGGAGCAGAGCGAACGGCGCAGGCGGUUGCUGGAGCUGCAGAAAUCCAAGCGGUUGGAUUAUGUGAACCAUGCCAGGAGGCUGGCUGAAGAUGACUGGACAGGGAUGGAGAGUGAGGACGAAGAGGAGAAGAAAAAUGAGGAAGAAAUGGAUGUUGAUCCUGGCAAGAAGCUGCCAAAACGCUAUGCUAAUCAGUUGAUGCUCUCAGAGUGGCUGAUUGAUGUUCCUUCAGAUUUGGGGCAGGAAUGGAUUGUGGUCGUGUGUCCCGUGGGAAAAAGAGCCCUCAUUGUGGCCUCGAGGGGUUCCACAAGCGCCUACACCAAAAGUGGCUACUGUGUCAACAGGUUUCCUUCCCUUUUGCCAGGAGGCAACAGGCGGAACUCAACGACAGCCAAAGAUUACACCAUUCUGGACUGCAUUUACAGCGAGGUGAACCAGACCUACUAUGUGCUGGAUGUGAUGUGCUGGCGCGGCCACCCAUUCUAUGACUGCCAGACCGAUUUCCGGUUCUACUGGAUGCAUUCGAAGUUGCCAGAAGAAGAAGGGCUGGAUGAGAAAACCAAGCUGAAUCCCUUCAAGUUUGUGGGGCUGAAGAACUUCCCUUGCACCCCCGAGAGUCUGUGCAAGGUGCUGUCCAUGGAGUUCCCUUUCGAGGUAGACGGCCUUCUCUUCUACCACAAGCAGACCCACUACAGCCCCGGGAGCACGCCCCUGGUGGGCUGGCUGCGCCCCUACAUGGUGUCGGAUGUGCUUGGGGUGGCCGUGCCGGCCAACCCGCUCACCACCAAGCCCGAGUACGCCGGGCAGCAGCUACGGCAGAUCAUUGAACACAAGAAGAGCCGCAAGGAGGCCCUCCAGGAGGAAUGCACACACAGAGCUGCUGAGAAUGGGCGCUAUGAGCUGGAGCACCUGUCCACGCCCACGCUGCAGAGUCCUCCCCUGAACCCAGACAGCCCUGGAAGCCUCAUGGAGAACUGAAGGGGUCCCCCAGUAGCCCCAGGAUAAUGCCCAGCACUGGCACCGCAGCAGGUGGAGCUCACAUGAGAGUGACAGGUCCUCCCUCUUGGACCUUUGUGGCUGAUAGCCACCUGCCUCUUCUCUGAAAUGCUGGCUCAGCAACGAGGAGGACCCGAAUGAGGGUGACAUUCAUGUGGCCCACCCAGACCCAUGAUGUAAAUACAGGAGAUUCUUAAGAACGGGAUUGUGUGAGUCUUUGGCUUUAGACAGCCACAGGUCUUCCCCGGCUCCCCUCCCUGCAGGCUCUGAACCAUGACUGUGCUAACCUUGGCCUGCAUCCUUCUCUCUCUCAGAACACUCAGACGUGCUGCUGGGUUUCCAAUAGCCUCUGCUGCUAACGUCAUUUUCUGAAAGGUCUUACCAGGAAGUGCAGUUCUGGGUAUCUCAAUGUGUUCUCGCUUCUGAGAAGACAAGUGUGAUUUUCUUUGGUUUAGACGCUGCCGGAGAUAAAGUGCACACAGAGUCCAUUGGGCC